CACUUCCGUUCUAUCGCUAGGCAAGUCUGGGCGACUUCCAGCUUUGCUGUGAAACAGGACUUUGCAUGGUGUAAAUCAAUGAAUAGGGUUUUCGUUUGGAGACGAUACGAUUGGUUAUGCACCACUGGUCCUUGCGUCCUGAUUGGCUGUUUGMCUCAUUAAUUCGGGAUUUGCCCUAUAGAGCUCACACCUGAUGAAGGGGUUUGCGCGUGGCUUUGAUGGGUAGACGGAGCACUAGAGCAUUUGUUUUCAACUGUGCACAUUGUGGACAAAGGAUUUGGACCGACAACAUCAAUUCGCAGAGCUCACAUUCAAUCGUGUUCGAGUCCAAUUAAUAUCUUGGAUAACCAAGGAGCGUAACUCUGCAGAUCCCUCGCCAUUCGCAUCGAGCAGAGCUGUAGCUGCCAUUCAUUCAACCAAACCUGGGCGCAUUUCAGUUAUGGUUCUCCAGAAAUUCGGAAAACUGUUUUGCGAAAACUCACAUCACAGUUGCUCGUCAAGGAAAGACAUGAUCUAUAACGUAUUAUCCAGUGGAAAUUUUGAAGUAUCUGAGCUCAAGGUUGGCAAGCUUCUCGGUAGUGGUGGUUUUGGGAGUGUGUACGAGGCGGUUUUUCGGGGUGAACGGCUGGCACUCAAGAAAUUACACAAAGGAACAAAAAACGAGCGGGCUGCCCGGGAGAGCUUUGAAGCCGAAACUUCUGUUUUAAACUUUGCACAUCCAAAUAUUGUAAGAACAUUUGCUUUAAUGAAUUUAUGGGACACAAACUGUAUAAUCAUGGAAUAUGCGGGAGAUAGGAACUUACAAAACGUUAUUAAUGACUCAAUGGAGUCGCUCACAGCUUCGCGGCGAAUCAAAUUCGCCUUAGACAUUGGUCAUGCGUUAGACUAUGCUCACGAUAAAGGAAUUGCACAUUUAGAUCUCAAACCAAGUAAUGUUAUGGUAACUUCUGAAGAUCACUGCAAGCUUGCUGAUUUUGGAUGUUGUCAGUCUGUCGAGGCAAAUGAAAAACCAGCGAGUCCUACYAAGUCUAACCUCACUGGGACCUAUGCGUAUAGAGCACCUGAACUGUUACGAGGCGAUUGCCCAACUACUAAAGCGGAUAUUUAUUCAUACGGCAUAUGUUUAUGGCAAAUGCUUACACGAGAACAUCCAUACGGAAACCAGAAUCAACAUGUAAUUAUAUUUGGAGUUGUUGCGUAUCAGCUAAGGCCAACUUUAACCUCGCUUGAUGUGCAAGCUAGAGACGAAGUCUACGUUAAUCUAAUGCAGCAAUGUUGGGAGGCUGAUCCAAAGUUACGACCUCUUGCUUCUGAUAUCGUUGUUAAGAUGAAAAACUCAAGUCGGAAUGCGCCAAAAGACAGAUGCCCUGCAGCAGCGUAUGCGGUAACUCAAGAAGGACAAUCAUGUACACUUAAUAGAAUUGAAGUUUGUGACAGCUAGAAAAUUUAUGAAUGAUCCACAGAACCUCUUCUACUCCUGAAUAAAAUGAUAGUUUCUUACUAUUGACAUUUAGGUCAGACGCUUUUCAAAUUACAACUUUUACUAUAUAUAAUAUCAAAGAUCGCAUCACUUAAACAUAUGCAUAAGUUUUGUAUAUGUAUAGAUAGCUCGCCAAUUUAUAAUACGUUUAAUUUUGUAACUUCAUGCAUAAGUAAUAAAGAAAUGGCAGUCGUUCAGA